ACUCCGCUUACACAAAUGGCCACCCACAAUUGCUCGCUAUCAUAACUCAUAUAUAAUGCAAGUGCUUACUACGUUUGCUCCAAAAAAGCGUAUAACAUCGUUGUUAUUUGGGAAAACACGUAAAGUCCGACACAAGUACGAAUUUGAUAAUGUCAUUGUCUCGGUGCAACAGUCAACCCCCUCCCUACAAUGAAUGAACUGGCUGGGUGUAGUGUAUUGAGCAUGGCAGCUGUGAGUAAAACAGACCCGCUAUGUCAACCCUGUUUUUAUCAUGCAAAAUUCAAAGUGGAAGUCAACAUUAAGAAACCCUUGCAGCCCAUUCACCUGAGCAGUGAGCAGGUUGCUCUGGAGGUGCUGUCUCUGUGCUGCCAGCUUGAUCUCCUCAUUAGAGCUCAGGUACACCAGUUCCAGGAACAACUCAGGCAUGACAUUAGUCCUAUUGAGUCAGAGGCUUUCCACAGGCAAGGUACAGAUCUUGUAGAAAGGAUGAACCAGUGUCUGGAGCAUCUACCAGAACCUUUACCACAGCUAGAGGAUUACCUGGAUGUAGUGGGUCUGUCAGCCAUGUUUCCACGAGUGGAAAUCUUCAUUAUUCACGGAAGGCCUGUAGACAUGCUGGAGAGACCAUCAAUGGAUGAUUACUUUCCGCACAUUGGGAAACUGAACCAGUUGCUUGUCUUGAGCCAACAGUUAGAAGAUGAUGUGCAGCAUCUGGGUAGUCACAAAUAUAUAGCCCACCAGCUGUCAGUGUUAUAUCAAGUUAUCAGUUCAUUUAAAGGUGUCCUGCCUUUAUCUGUUCUAAAAAGAGACAUUGAGGCAAACUUCAAGGCGCUUAAAACGUCGCUGGUCAAAGAAGAUGCGUCCCAGCAGGAGCCGCAGUUACCUGCACAUUAUGUCAGCUGGAUACUCAGUGUGACUCAUAGUGUUACAGCAUCAGUGUCUGCACUCCCAGAUGAGCUCAUUGAAGACCUCACACCAGCAAUGUCUUUUGUUAUGAAUUUAACUUGAAAGCUGUCAGCAGCACCAAUUCAGGUGCUGCAGAUUUGUGCAAUUUCCAUACUUUUGUAUAAAAGAAAAAAAAAAAGUGCUACAGUGAUUUCAAUAAGGGAUUCUCAUAGGAUGAAAUCUGGGUGUAAGCAACUGUUUUAUGUAAUGUGUAUUUCUGUGUCAAAUGUUUAUUUAUGAAUUAUAUUUAUAAUAGUUUUAAAAAUGGAUUGGGAAAAUUAAAGACAGGGUACUUUGGGCUGGUUUGUUUACAUUGGGGUAAACAACUUUUGAGGCAUGCCAUAUGCUUACAGUAACUUGGGGGGGUGGGGCUGUUGUUAGCAUUACUUCAUUUAUUAAUGGAAUACCAAGUCUACAUCCAAGUAAGGUUUUACAUUAGAUUGUACUGGCAAUUAAGAUGUGUCACAGAUCAUGUAGAAUAUCUUUGAACGUGCAAUCCUUGAUGAGGAAUAUAUAUAGGAUUAGAUAACCAAUUUUAAAAUCAGCCUAUGGGGUCUAUUUGAAUGAUCUAAUACCAGCAUCCUAAAAAUGAUUAACCUCAUUUUGGUGUUUUUUUUCAUUUUUAUUGUACAGUGUGUAGUAAUGUAAAUCAACCCAGGAGGAAACACUCACCUGUAUCAAUACAGAGUUGAAUAACAGCAGUGUUUCCGUCCACCAGAUCUUUAAAAUCGAUCCCCAGUGUAAUGUUAAGCUGACAAUGGGCCCAAUUCAACUCUUUAGCUGUGAAAAAGGAUUUUAAUGUUGUACAAUAAACAGAGCUAAUAUGGA